AUGGAGGUCUACAUAGAUGACAUGCUAGUCAAGUUUAAGACCUCCAGAGGACACGCUGACGAUCUGGCAGAGGCGUUUGUCAUCAUUCAGAAGUAUGGGAAGAAGCUGAACCCCAAGAAGUGCUCCUUUGGUGUGGCAUCUGGGAAGUUCUUGGGCUUCAUAGUAAGCUACCGAGGGAUAGAAGCCAAUCUGGACAAGAUCAAAGCACUGAUCGAUAUGCCUUUGCCACGGAAGCACAAAUACAUACAGAGCUUGAUGGGACGAAUAGCAGCCCUGAGCCGUUUUGUCUCAAAGUCCACGAACAAGUGCAUCCUGUUCUUCAACAUCCUUUUCGAAAGCCAAAGGUUCGAAUGGUCGGCCGAAUGUAAAGAGGCUUUCCAAAAACUGAAGGAACAUUUGUACCAAGCACCAAUCUUGGCAAAGCCAAUGGAUGGGGAGCCGUUGUACCUUUAUUUGGUCGUGUCCGAACACGCCAUCAGUGCCGCGCUCGUGCGGGAAGAAGGAAAGGCCCAACUUCUGGUUUAUUAUGUAAGCAAAAGGUUAUUGGGUGCAGAGUCCAGGAUAUCAAUCAAGGGGCAGGCCCUGGAUGACUUCAUCAUGGAAUGCACCGGGAUCACUGAAGAUGACGAUCCCGUCGACCCCGUAGCACCCCUAUGGAAGGUCUUCGUAGAUAGAACCUCAAACAAAAAUGAGGUUGGGGCCGAGAUCAUCUUAAUAUCACCGCAAGGACACCAGUUGCAAAGCGCCCUACAUUUCCAGUUCGAUGCAUCGAAUAAUGAGGUCGAGCACGAGGCCAUGUUUGCCGGAUUGCGUCUGGCUCGGGAGGUAGGAGCAGCAAGUCUAAAAGUUUAUAGCAACUCCCAAUUUUUUGCCAGUCAAAUAUCGGGGGAAUACCAAAUGAAGGGAGAAAAGAUGGUUGCUUAUGUGACACAAGGCUGGGAGCUACUCCAUUCUUUCAAGAAACAUUCCAUCCGCCAGAUCCCUAGGGAACGAAAUGUGUUUGCAGACACAUUGGCAAAGCUGGUCACGGAUGCCGAGGCAGAGAUCUUUGGGCUCAUCUCGAUCAACCAUCUUCUUGCACCAAGUAUUCAAGCCCCCAUGAUCAACGCCAUAGACUAUUCCACGACCUGGAUGGGUCCUAUCAUCCACUACCUAACCACCAGAGGGUUGCCUGCGGACAAGGUAGCUGCUAGGAAGCUUCAGUACCAGGACCCCAGAUACGUCAUGGUGGAAGGAAAACUUUAUUGCAUAGGGUUAUCCAUGCCAUACCUCCAAUGCGUGUCUAGAAAUGAAAUGAGUGCAAUCAUGCACGAUGUGCAUGAAGUUUCUGCGGAGAUCAAACAGCCGGACUCAGCUUGUCGAAGAAAAUCCUAUGGCAUGGAUAUUUCUGGCCAACGAUGA